GUCGCACAUUUCGCUCGCGUGGUCCGCGUGCGCGCGCGUCCUCAGACACGCCACACGUUUUCGACCAGUAAAAAGUUUAAAUGCAAAAAAUAACUUUUCUUUUCCGAGGGGGAACUUUUGGAAUAACUUUUCUUGAGUGUCGAUCACAAUAGCAGAUUAUUUUUUUUUUUUUUUUUUUUUGGUUUCGUUUUCUUUUCAAUGCUCGAGAGGCGAUAGUUGUCAUUUUUUUUUUUUUAAUGUUCCCGUGGACGUUUGUGCUGCCCACGUGCGCGCGGGGGCCACGAUGAUGCGGCGCGUCCGUCCUUGCUGGGGACAAUGCGGCAAGAUGCUCCGUGGACCGGGUUCCUCCCACGAACGCGAGCGCAGGCAGACGGAGAGCAACGCAAAGAAUGAAACUUCAACCUCUGUAUGAGAACCCCGGCGUGGACCUUCUAGAAUCGGAGUUGCCACAAGACGACUGAACAAAAAAAUGAAGAUUAAAUAUGCCAUUGUCUUCAUCUUUAUCGUGGCCCUGGUCAUCAUCGAAAAGGAAAGCAAUAUCAUAUCACGGGUGUCUGAUAAAAUGAUGCAGAGGCAAAUUCCGCAGCAGACCACGCAACCUUCGCUGGAUUACGGCAACACCACGCAAAGUAGCCCGACCGUCUUCAACACGCUGCUCUCCAAAGUCAACGCCACAAAAGUGAGCCGCUCCAAUCGAACCGAGGAGCGCCAUGGAGAAGAACUCGGAAACGGGGGCCGCCAGCACAUACUACUCAUGGCUACCACCAGAUCGGGUUCUUCGUUUGUGGGAGAGUUCUUCAACCAGCACGGAGAGAACAUGUUCUACUUGUACGAGCCGCUGUGGCACGUAGAACGCAUGCUGACCAAGCCGGCGGAGUCGUACAACGGGAGUUUGUUGCCGGGAAUUUAUCGGGAUGUGCUCCGCGGCCUCUUCCUGUGUGACUUCGCGCCUCUGGAGAAGUUUAUCUCUCCGCCACCCCGGGACCACGUGACCCCGGGACUGUUCCGCAGACAGUCCAGUUUGUCGCUGUGUGAAGAGAAUGUUUGUACCCCCGUCAUCAAGGACGUUUUUGAGAGGUUCCGCUGCAAAAAUCGUCAGUGCGGUCCACUCAACCUGACCCUCGCCUCGCAGUCGUGCCUUUCCAAACAAUACCAAGCCAUUAAGACCGUGCGCGUACACCAGUGGGAAACGCUGCGGCCUCUGGUGGAGGACCCUCGCCUGAACAUCAAAAUAAUCCAGCUAGUCCGGGAUCCACGUGCCAUACUGGCGUCACGCAUGGUGGCCUUCUCCUCAAAGUACCAGACGUGGAAGGCCUUGGUGCAGGACGGUCAGGUGCCGGAGAAUGACGAGGAGGUGAAGGGGCUCCAGGGCAACUGCGACAACAUCCGGUGGUCCGCCGAGUUGGGCCUGAGUCAGCCCGGCUGGCUGAGGAGACGCUACAUGUUGGUGCGCUACGAGGACAUCGCUCGCUACCCGAUGCAGAAGGCCGAGGAGAUGUACAGGUUCACGGGGAUCCCGUUUAGCCCCCAAGCCCGCGAGUGGAUCCUGAGCAACACCCGCACCACUCAGGGUGCCAACGACAUUUACUCCACCCAGAAGAACUCGUCGGAACAGGCGGAGAAAUGGAGGUAUAGCAUUCCGUUCACACUGGCCCAGGCGGUGCAGAGACUCUGCGGACCCACCAUGAAGCUGUUUGGCUACAAGUUUGUGGACGAUGCAAAGAUGCUCGUUAAUAAGUCCAUCAGCUUGUGCGAGGACAGGACAUUUAGCUAAACGUGCCUUCCGA